CUAUGAACUCCAUUUCUUCUCUAUGCUCCCCUUUGCUUCCUCCACGACCUUCUUCAAGUUUACGGCCUCAGAAAAUGGGUUUCCGGCGGCGGCGGAAGGUAUCAGUUGUUGCUGAAAAAAGAGAUGCAUGCGACUGGGAUUUCGGGGGACGGCUGGUGGAUGAGAGUAUGAUAGUACUGAGAAGAAGGAUUCAUGAGAAGAAGAUGGUGGAAAGGAAUUACGAGCCUCCAAUGGAUUGGAUGGAGUGGGAGAAGAAGUAUUACACGAGUUAUGAUGCUAGCAUCUGUAAAGCAGUUGGGGUCUUGCAGUCCCUAUUGAUGAACACCAGACCCAGCUUGGCUCUUGGGAUGGUGGCGCUUGUUGCAUUGAGUGUUCCCACAUCUAUGGUCUUGGUUAUGUUACACUUGAUGAAUGGGAUUCAUCUACUUAACUGAUACAUCAAUCUCCCAUAAAUUUUUUUUUUUGGCUCAUUAUAAGUGUAGAAAAGAAACAUUAAUUAUUGGUUGUUUCUUAUUAUUACCAAAGUAUUAGAGUGAAAGGUUGUAACAUUCUUCUGAUUGUUACGUUAAUGUCUCAUUCUCACAAGUUAUUUAAGACAGUAAAAAUAGAUGUUUCAA